GAGUCAGCUUGAAGCGGAGGAUUGAGCUUCAGGUGGAGUAUCCAUGGAGGUGUGGAGGCUUGUCACCAACCUCUAACUGCAGAACUGGGAUGUGGAGCUGGAAGUGCCUCCUCCUCUGGGCUGUGCUGGUCACAGCCACACUCUGCACUGCUAGACCAGCCCCGACCUUGCCUGAACAAGCCCAGCCCUGGGGAGCCCCUGUGGAAGUGGAGUCCUUCCUGGUCCACCCUGGUGACCUGCUGCAGCUCCGCUGCCGGCUGCGUGACGAUGUGCAGAGCAUCAACUGGCUGCGGGACGGGGUGCAGCUGGUGGAAAGCAACCGUACCCGCAUCACAGGCGAGGAGGUGGAGGUGCGGGACUCCGGGCCCGCCGACUCCGGCCUCUACGCUUGUGUGACCAGCAGCCCCUCAGGCAGUGACACCACCUACUUCUCCGUCAAUGUCUCAGAUGCCCUCCCCUCCUCGGAGGACGACGAUGACGAUGAUGACUCCUCUUCAGAGGAGAAAGAGACUGAUAACACCAAACCAAACCGUAUGCCCGUAGCUCCAUAUUGGACAUCUCCAGAAAAGAUGGAAAAGAAAUUGCACGCAGUGCCUGCUGCUAAGACAGUGAAGUUCAAAUGCCCUUCCAGUGGGACACCUAACCCCACACUGCGCUGGCUGAAAAAUGGCAAGGAAUUCAAACCUGACCACAGGAUCGGAGGCUACAAGGUCCGCUAUGCUACCUGGAGCAUCAUAAUGGACUCUGUGGUACCCUCUGACAAGGGCAACUAUACCUGCAUCGUGGAGAACGAGUAUGGCAGCAUCAACCACACCUAUCAGCUCGACGUUGUAGAGCGGUCCCCUCACCGGCCCAUCCUACAGGCAGGGUUGCCAGCCAACAAGACAGUAGCACUGGGCAGUAACGUGGAAUUCAUGUGUAAGGUGUACAGUGAUCCACAACCUCACAUCCAGUGGCUAAAGCACAUCGAGGUGAAUGGGAGCAAGAUUGGUCCGGACAACCUGCCUUAUGUUCAGAUCUUGAAGACUGCCGGAGUUAAUACCACCGACAAAGAGAUGGAAGUGCUUCACUUAAGAAAUGUCUCCUUUGAGGACGCAGGGGAGUAUACAUGCUUGGCGGGUAACUCUAUCGGACUCUCCCAUCACUCUGCAUGGUUGACCGUUCUGGAAGCCCUGGAAGAGAGGCCUGCGGUGAUGACCUCGCCCCUGUACCUGGAGAUCAUCAUCUAUUGCACGGGGGCUUUCCUCAUCUCCUGCAUGGUGGGGUCUGUCAUCAUCUAUAAGAUGAAGAGUGGCACCAAGAAGAGUGACUUCCACAGCCAGAUGGCCGUGCACAAGCUGGCCAAGAGCAUCCCUCUGCGCAGACAGGUGUCUGCUGACUCCAGCGCAUCCAUGAACUCAGGGGUUCUUUUGGUUCGGCCCUCACGGCUCUCCUCCAGUGGGACCCCCAUGCUCGCAGGGGUCUCUGAAUAUGAGCUUCCUGAAGACCCUCGCUGGGAGCUGCCUCGGGACAGACUGGUCUUAGGCAAACCCCUGGGAGAGGGCUGCUUUGGGCAGGUGGUGCUGGCAGAGGCCAUCGGGCUGGACAAGGACAAACCCAACCGUGUGACCAAAGUGGCUGUGAAGAUGUUGAAGUCGGACGCAACAGAGAAAGACCUGUCAGACCUGAUCUCAGAAAUGGAAAUGAUGAAGAUGAUCGGGAAGCACAAGAACAUCAUCAACCUGCUAGGAGCCUGCACGCAGGAGGGACCUUUGUACGUCAUCGUGGAGUAUGCCUCCAAGGGCAACCUGCGGGAGUACCUGCAGGCCCGGAGGCCCCCCGGGCUGGAGUACUGUUACAACCCCAGCCACAACCCAGAGGAGCAGCUCUCCUCCAAGGACCUGGUGUCCUGCGCCUAUCAGGUGGCCCGGGGCAUGGAAUACCUCGCCUCCAAGAAGUGCAUACACCGAGACCUGGCUGCCAGGAAUGUCCUGGUGACAGAGGACAACGUGAUGAAGAUCGCAGACUUUGGCCUAGCCCGGGACAUUCACCACAUCGACUACUAUAAGAAGACAACCAACGGCCGACUGCCCGUGAAGUGGAUGGCACCCGAGGCACUGUUUGACCGGAUCUACACCCACCAGAGUGAUGUGUGGUCUUUUGGAGUGCUCUUGUGGGAGAUCUUCACUCUGGGUGGCUCCCCGUAUCCUGGCGUGCCUGUGGAGGAGCUUUUCAAGCUGCUAAAGGAGGGUCAUCGCAUGGACAAGCCCAGUAACUGCACCAAUGAGCUGUACAUGAUGAUGCGGGACUGCUGGCAUGCAGUGCCCUCACAGAGACCCACCUUUAAGCAGCUGGUGGAAGACCUAGACCGCAUUGUGGCCUUGACCUCCAACCAGGAGUAUCUGGACCUGUCCAUGCCCCUGGACCAGUACUCACCCAGCUUUCCUGACACCCGGAGCUCUACCUGCUCCUCAGGGGAGGAUUCUGUCUUCUCUCAUGAGCCAUUGCCUGAGGAGCCCUGCUUGCCCCGACAUCCGCCCCAGCUUGCCAACGGUGGACUCAAACGGCGCUGACUGCCACCACCAUUCCCCUCCCCAGACUCCAUCAACUGUACCCCUCACCCACAACUCCCUGCUGGACCCACUGCCUGCCCCUUUCCCCUUCCCUGCUGGCAGGAGCCGGCUGCCUUCCUGGGGCCUUCCUGUGUGGCCUGUCUUCACUCCCUGAGCUCACCUCUUCCUCUCAACCUGCUUGUGAGGGAGGAGCCAAGAGGCAGGUACUCGCUGAUGGCCACUUCGUUCCUUCCCACGUGUUGGACCAAGACCCCUCCCUGCCCCCAGGUGUGCCUGGAGGAGUGGGGAGUGGGAGAUGAGCAGGCCUGCAGUGAGAGCUCCCUGAGCUUUCCUGCGUUGGUUUUGUACAGUUCACCUGUAAGCCCCUUGAAUUCUGGUGGCAGGUGCCUUGUCCUCAGGGCUACAGCGGUAGGGAGGUCAGUGCUUCAGGCCUCAACUGGAAGCAACGUCUGCUCCAGACACAUGGUGCCAGUGGCUUAUUAAUUCCCAUACUAAUUUGCUUUGCUGACCAAAUACCUGGUACCAGAGGAUGGUGAGGCAAAGGCUGGGAGCGUGUUGUGGCCCUGGGGCCCAGCCCCAAACUGGGGGCUUUGUACAUAGCUAUGAAGAAAACACAAAGUGUAUAAAUCUGAGUAUAUAUUUACAUGUCUUUUUAAAAGGGUCGUUACCAGAGAUUUACCCAUUGGGUAAGAUGCUCCUGGUGGCUGGGAGGCAUCAGUUGCUAUAUAUUAAAAACAAA